CAGGUGGCAGUGUUGUCAACUGCCCAAAGGCAAAGAGGAAGCAGACCGGUGACGGUAUCAACCAGCGUCCGAGAAAGUAGCCGUUUAGCUAAUAACGUCAACUAAUGUGCCGAAAAGACACGAAAGCCGCCCGAUCGUAGUUGGAGGAAAACAUGUCCUGUUCAGAUUGAAAUGGAGAAACAUCCGAUUCAGGACACAUCGGGGGGGAGAUCGUAAUCGACCUGCAGUAUGAACAUAGCCGUAGUGUCGGUGUUGUCCUGUCUGCUGCUCGCCUGCUCUUACGUUGGAAGUUUGUACGUGUGGAAAAGUGAGCUGCCCAGGGACCACCCGACUGUCAUCAAGCGGCGGUUCACCAGCGUGUUAAUCGUCUCAGGCGCGUCGCCUCUUUUUGUGUGGGCAUGGAGGGAAUUCACAGGCAUCAGGAUGGGGCCAUCACUUCUGGCGCUCAUGGGGAUCCGCUUUGAAGGCUUUGUCCCUGCUGUCAUCUUUCCUCUACUGCUGACCAUGGUCCUCUUUCUGGGCCCCCUGACGCAGUUGGCUAUGGACUGUCCCUGGAGCCUCGUGGACGGCAUCCGGGUGGCCCUCGACCCGUACUUCUGGGCGGUGUGCUUCAGUGACAUGCGCUGGUUGAGGAACCAGGUGGUGGCUCCGUUAACAGAGGAGCUGGUGUUCAGGGCCUGCAUGCUGCCCAUGUUGGUGCCCUGCUUUGGCCCGGCUCUCGCCAUCCUUACGUGCCCGCUCUUCUUUGGAGUGGCUCACUUCCAUCACGUGAUUGAGCUGCUGCGUUUUCGGCAGGGGACGCUGUCAGGAAUCUUCCUUUCAGCAGUGUUCCAGUUUUCCUACACAGCCGUGUUUGGGGCCUACACAGCCUUCGUCUUGAUGAGAACAGGUCACCUGGUGGGUCCGGUACUCUGCCACUCCUUCUGUAACUACAUGGGUUUCCCCGCCAUCACUGCGGCUCUGGAGCACCCCCAUCGUCACACUGUCCUUUCUUCUUACCUGUUGGGGGUCCUCCUCUUCUUCCUUUUCCUCUUCCCCUUCACCGACCCGUCCUACUACGUCCCCCCCACACCGCUGUGCACCUUGGCCUCUUCCUCCAACAGCCUCUGCCUCGCCUCAUCUUGAUCCUGGCCUGUUUCUCUCCUUCCCUCCCUCCGUCUGUCUGUCUGUCUGUCUGUCCGUCCUCCACCUUGCUCCAAGAUGAAGACGAUACAGAGCUCAGGUCUGCAAUACUGCAAUGGCGACCACUACUUUGUUUACAUUCACAAUCAUCCCCAAUAGGGAACAUCGGCGGUGCUUUUGGCAGCAAGAACUUUAAGGAAGAAAGAAGGACAAAAAAAAAAAAAGCGCAAAACACUCUAUAAGCUAAACUUGUACUGUGAAGACAACAUUGACUGAUUUGAGCAAUAGAAAAUCAUGAGCAUUUUAUUUCCUAAGUAAAGGUGGUGGUGAGUGUUUGCUGUUGUGGUCUUUGUGUGAGGCCAACACUAGAAGGCAUCAGAGAGCGUUCCAUUUUUUGUUGUUUUUUUUUUUCUGGUCCAUUACAGAGAAACACUAUUCAUCAAGAGCUGUGUCACAGCUACUGGCUGAUUUAUGGUACAGUUUAAAGAGGCUUUUCUGUGCCAAGAUAAACAUUUGCUGGAAAUAAAAUUAGUUAGUCCAACCUUUCCCCCAAAGCGGCACAUCAUUAUGCCACCUCCUAAAGCGCCGUCACUCGAUUUCCCCUCUGUCCUUGGCUUCCUUUUGACUUGUACUUCACUGUCACCGACCACUUUUGUAUAAAUGAUCAGGUAGGAAAGACAAACACUGAAAUGUGAUUUCGCUUGCUUCGGGUGUGAUGUAAAGCGUGACAGCAGAGGAAUCUAUUUUUGCAAAGCUUGAGCAGCUCUCCUAUUUUUCUAGAGGCAAUAGAGAAAUUUCAAAUGUGCUUAUCAACAAUGAGUCCAGGUUUUCCUUUUUCCCUUGUGAUGAGCGCAGGGAAUGUGAAUGGAUCGCAACACUCUUUGACAUAAAUAAUCCUUAUCUGUAAAAAAAAAAAAAGUUUGUAAAUAAAUUUUAUACAUGUC